GAAAUUCUUCUUCAUAUCCUGAAGAUCCCAUCCCCUGCUCGGGAACCCUAAGCUACAGCAAUCGGGGACGUGGAAUUCAGCAAAGGAUGCUGAGAGUAGCAGGGAGAAGGCUCUCAUCUCUGCCAUGGAGGCCCUCCGCCUCCCUCUCUCGAAACGACCCUCUCAAUUGCGUCGUUGCUGGUGGUGCUGUUGAAUCUCCUUCCGCAUCCAGAUCCAUUCCAACGCCCUUCUCCUUUAAUCCCCAGUUUCUGAAUCUGAUAAGAGGUUUCUCAUCCAAUGCCCUUACCCCAGGACAUGAUGCAGGCAUGAUCUCAGAUCUCUCUGCUACUGUGGCAGCAGUGAAGAACCCGACUUCGAAAAUUGUUUAUGAUGAGCACAAUCACGAGCGUUAUCCACCUGGUGAUCCCAGCAAGCGUGCAUUUGCUUAUUUUGUCUUAACUGGGGGCAGGUUUGUGUAUGCCUCCAUAAUACGUCUUCUAAUCCUCAAGUUUGUUUUAAGCAUGUCUGCGAGCAAAGAUGUCCUUGCCCUUGCCUCCAUUGAGGUUGAUCUCUCUAGCAUUGAGCCUGGGACUACUGUAACAGUCAAGUGGCGUGGGAAGCCAGUUUUCAUUAGGCGUAGAACUGAGGAGGACAUUAAGUUGGCCAACAGGGUUGAUAUUGCCUCUCUUCGUGAUCCACAGGAAGAUUCAGCCAGGGUCAAGAAUCCUGAGUGGCUUAUUGUUGUUGGUGUCUGCACUCACUUGGGGUGCAUUCCCCUACCAAAUGCUGGUGACUUUGGCGGUUGGUUUUGUCCAUGCCAUGGUUCACAUUAUGACAUCUCUGGUAGAAUCCGCAAGGGGCCAGCUCCAUUCAAUUUGGAGGUACCAACCUAUAAUUUCUUAGAAGAAAACAAGUUGCUGAUUGGAUAAGCCAAAUGCUGGAGUUCCUUCUUUGCUACAGUAGUCUUAUUGUGAAAUGUCAUGAUAGAUAUUUUCUUCUAUACUUGCGUGGAGAGAUGAAUCUUUCCCUUGCAACUUUCUUCUGUUUUCCAUUUGGAUAUUUUAUCCACUGCCAAUUUUGGGACAGGGUUCUGAGGUUCUGAAUAAUCAACAACUGAAUGUUUGUUGAACAUUAUCAGUUUGAAUGACUUCUGAAUUUAUUUUUUUCAAAUUA